CUGAAGCCGGUGAACUACAAACAGCGUUUACAAUAACCUGAUUUCAUAAAAAUGUCUGCUUUCCAUGGAUUCCCUGACUUACCACCACCAGAAGAAAUAGCAUUCUGUAAAAUUGACGAAGUAUAUUGCUGUGGUAAUGCUAAUUACGGCAACAUUACCACUUUUACAAACACGACGCAAAAACACCCUGUUAUAAACGUGACAAAAGACAUCCAUCACCACAGAACCACAGAUGAAAACUUAUCAAUGUACAUAGAUGUAGAAGAUAACUUACUAAAGAAAAUAACAAGUGUAUGGUACAAGCAGGGUUUUUUGGAAGCAUUAAGUGUAGCUGCAGAUCCAAGUGUAAAUCGCGAAGUUCCAUUGCUGGCGGUGGCGGCAUCUUACGUUUUAAAAGUGGCUAAUGUGUUCACGGCAUUUAGAUAUUUCCUACAACCUCAUUUAAAGGAUAUAGGACCAAAAAUCGUGUCUAAUUAUUCAAGGAUAAGAAAUUGGGGCAAUGUACCAGUUAAGUGCUUGUCAUGGCAUCCACAUACAACAAAAAUUGCUGUUGCUACGGCUGAUGAUAAUGUUCGGGUCUAUUGUUCUGAAGCUCAAUUUGUAUCGACAUUGAAAUGUAAAGCUCAGGGGCAUGUCUCUUCAUUAUGUUGGCGGCCAUUCUCAGCUUCAGAAAUAGCUGUAGGAUGUGAGAGGGGAGUGAUAGUCUGGACUGUAGACCCUAACUCAAUGUUUACAAAACCAUCUUCUAGCAAUGCUGUGGUGUUAAAUAGGUCAGGCCACAGUCCAGUAACAGAUGUCAGUUGGUCUCCAAAUGGUGAUCUUCUAAUAAGCUGCAGUGGGGCAGACACAUCCAUGCUGGUGUGGGAUGUAGCCAUGGAGGUUGCUAUACCACUCCGACGAGUUGCCGGUGGUGGUAUAAUAUUCGCCCGGUGGUCUCUGGAUGCCAGCAAAGUAUUUGCUGCUACUUCUUCUUUAAUAUUUAGGGUAUGGGACACAACGCGCUGGACCCCAGAAAGAUGGUGCGCCCGUGGAUGCCGCGUGGUAGCCGCGUGCUGGGGACCCGGCGACUUGUUACUGUUCACUGCUAAAGGAGAACCCAUGGUGUAUGCACUCACUAAUACCGGACUUUUAAGUGGUGCCAAAACGAGUAAAGCUGUACCGGUCUUAGACGUGACAAAAGUGGAGUUGCCUUCUGGUGACACAGUAGGAGGACCUAUUCUCGAUAUGUGCUGGGACCCCACUGGAAGAUACCUGGCAAUUCUGUUCGAAGAGUCUCCACUUAUCGCCAUUUUUUGCACCACCCACCUGAUGAUGCAACUGAGAAUCACACCAUGUUGCUUUGUAAACGGCAUCGGUAACGAGUUACCAUCGACUAUGGCGUUCCAGCAGAACUUCCCAGCGGGCGCCUGCCUCACCGUCGCUUGGUCCACGGGUAGAGUACAACACUUCCCCAUCGUAUACAACAUGUAGCCAACAAUAUAGCCUUUAUAACAAUAUUACCUAUAGAUAACUGCAGUAUAUUAUAUACAGGGUGUUAGGAGAAAGUAUAUUAUUAAUACUAGCUAGAAUUUUAAAAUUGUCAUA